CACCUCUGACUUCGAGGACCUUCACCGACGCCUCACCGGAGGACACACGUCGUUUGGCGACACCGCACACCGACAAUGCAGCCCACCGUAGGCCAGAGGGCGCUGAGCACCCUGGCAAAGAAGCUCCAUCCGCAACUGCCACUCACCCCACGCGAGAGCCAGCAGCUCCUCAAUCUACUCACUACCUCUUUCCGCACUCACCUCGACCGCGAGCACCCUGUACAUAUAUCAGAGAAGGUCCAGGAUCCUGCCCUACGCAAGACUCUUGGUCGCGAAGACCAUGGUUCUCUCCACGCCCCAUCUUCAGCCGCGCUGGCCUCGCAGCACAUUGAUGCCGUCUUGUCCAACCCUCUAUUCGCCGUGAAGCCCUCUCGACGAGGCUCAGAGUCUGCUGCGUCAGAAAUUUUAAAGGACCCUAUGGGCUGGUUUCUGAACCAAAUUGCAUCAGGAAGUGCCACUCUCUCCAAGACUUCUCUCUGCCUUGAGAUACUCGAUAGGCACACAGCUAAACAGAGUCCGCAACUGCACGAAGGCAAGACACCUGGUGCUAUCAUUGGUGAUUGGCUGCGCUCCAGCGGGUUGGAUACGUCCAAGGAGUUUCUCGAAAUGUGCAUUGCGAAGCCCCAGACUAAGCGACCUUCCAAUACCUUCAUCUCCCGCCUUGUGACUAUACUGAUCGCUGAUGGCAAGAAGCCGCUUCUUUGGAAGUGGUUCGCACGUCCUUGGCAUCAAGGCCUGAGCCCUUCGAAGGCGCUUUUAUUCAGACAGCAGCUGUUGAAGCACAUGGUACACGCUGAAGCCAGCCAAGACCUAUAUCGAGGCAUCGUGCUGUUCAGAAGAGCGUAUGAAAUAACUGGAGAGCACCCUGACAAAUGGUACGAAAAGCUGAGGCCUGCCGGACAAUAUCUCGUACAAGCCAUCAUGUCAAAACCAACAAAUUCGAUUAGCCACGAUCUCUAUAACUCUUUCAGACAAACUACCAAGCUCUGGGUUCCCGGCAAGUGGGCGCAGGCCGUGGACUCGAUGCUGUACCUUCACCACCCAACUACGGCGUCUGCUGCACCGGGCCUACGAUUCAUUCACGACCCCGCUGGCGCUGCUACGUACACCAAAGCCAUGCCAAGUCAAAGACGCUUCAUCGUCCAGCUCAGCUUGGGCGUCGCACGACAGCUUCUUGAAGAAGAGAGCUAUGAAGAUGCACAGGCCGUCAUGGCGUUCACCAAGCAGCACUUCCCUGAUCUUGUCUUGUCGAACCUUCCUACCGAACAGAGGACAGUUGUUGAUCGUCAGUCGAGCAAGAUCACCAAGGCACGGAGAGAGGAAGAAAGGAACCUUGAGCUGCUGGACGGUCUUGUACCAACUUGAAACGCUCAACCCCCAAGGUCAUACUGCCAAACAACAACAUCUAGCUCGCGCCACAGCCAGUAGCAUGUCGCUUGCCAGAUCUCCGAAUAGACGCUUUGCAAUCUCAGUCACGCCAGAAGAACACAUCGACAUCUACCAGAUGGAAGAGAGAGGCCGAAGCGAUCCUAGCCGCAAGCAUCAGAGGUAUGCGAGUCCCCUGAGCCACAAGC